AUGUCAUUUUUUAUUAGAAACAAUCACGCCAAGGGUGGAGUUAAAAGAAAAUACAAUGGACGUUUUGAAAAUAAAAAUAAAAAUAAAAGUUUAUCUGCUUUCAAAGAGAAAAAAAAUGUAAAAAAAUCUAUACCUGACAAUGAAAGUAUACCAAGUGAUGACGAAGAACUUGCAGAAGAGAAUCAAAAUGAAGAAUUUCCAGAAUUCGAAAGUGAGUCAGAAAGUGAAGAAACCGCACAAGAAAAACGUAUUAGAUUGGCUAAAACCUAUCUUAAACACAUUGAGGAAGAAGAGAAAGAUAGAGCAGAGUUUGAGGAAGGAGCGGUUGAGAAAAGAUUAAAGGAUGAAUAUUUGGAAGAAAAGGGAUAUCUCAGAAAAACAGUAGCUGAACAUUAUGUUGGUCAUCAAGAUCCUAUAAUAUUGAAGUGUAAAGAUCACAGAGAUUCUAUUACUUGUUUAUGUCUUUAUAGUAAAGGGAACAUUUUAUAUUCGGGUUCUAAAGAUGGUAGUUUAAUUAAAUGGUCAUUAAAGGAAAGAACUAAAUUAAAAAUUAUAAAAGGAAAAAAUAAAGGGCAGGAAGGAAUGAAAUCGGUUAACUGUAUAGCAAUUAGUACAGAUGGAAAAUUUUUGGUUGCAGGAGACGGUGGCUGUAAAGAAAUCAAAGUAUUUUCUGGAGAAAGUUUAAAUUUUCUCAAAAAUUUACAAGGCCAUAGAGAUAUAGUAACUGGUCUAGUGUUUCGAAAAGACACACACACACUUUAUUCUGCAUCUGAUGAUAGAAGUGUAAAAGUUUGGAAUUUGGACGAUAUGGCGUAUGUUGAAUCAUUAUUUGGACAUCAAAGUGGUAUCACAUCGAUUGACGCUUUGUCAAGAGAACGUGCCAUAACUAGUGGCGGAUUUGAUGGAACAAUUAGAGUAUGGAAAAUUGUUGAAGAAUCCCAGUUAAUUUUUAACGGCGAUAGUAGCAGCAUAGGUAUAGUUAAACUUAUCAAUGAAGAGAACUUUUUCAGUGGCAGUGAUGAUGGCUCACUUUGCAUAUGGGGUUCUCAUAAAAAGAAACCUUUAUGCUCUAUACCAGAAGCACAUGGAAAAGACGACAGUAAUGAUGAACCUAAUUGGAUAACAAGUAUAGCAACGUUUUUGAAUACUGAUUUAGUUGCAUCUGGUUCUAAAAACGGUGAGAUCAAGUUGUGGCGAUGUGGUGAUUCGUUUAAAUCGCUGCAUCCAUUGUUUACAAUUAAAUUAGUAGGAUUCAUAAAUUCUCUAUUAUUUACAUCAGAUGGCAAUAAUCUAAUUGCUGGUGUCGGUAAAGAACAUAGACUUGGUAGAUGGUGGCAUAUAUCAGAAGCUAAGAAUUGUAUUGUUAUUAUACCAUUAGAACAAAAUAAAACAAGUAAAUAAUUAA